AAGUCUUUUUAAUUAGUCUCUUUUUGUUUCAUCAAUGUUUUUUUGGUUAUGUUUGACCUUUUUGAGGUUGAAUGCAUUUUUCUGACACACCCACCUAUUUAACAAAUGCGAAUAUUAAUUACUUUAAAUUUAUUAAAUUUUGGUGACUGUGAGCAUUUUGAUUUAUUUUGGUGCUGAAUUAGAUACAAUAGACAGAAACAGAUAAAUAAAUUAAUUCCUAUUAGAAGUUGGUUUUUUUUUAUGCGAAUUUCUUUUUGGGGAUUUGGAUUUUACGGGCCUAGGGUUCUCUUUUCAUACUUUACUCGUCUAUUUUGUGCUUUUUUGUGAUUGUAGAAGCUAAGGACUCGCUUGGGUCGUCGGUAUUUCCUGAUUUUCUCUUCUGGGUUGUUCAAGUUCUUCAAAUUCCUCAUCUGGGUCGUAUUUGGGUUGAAAUUCGAGGGCUUUUUUCCAAUUUGCUUCCAUCAGUAAGCAAAAGUUGGUCGAGUUUGCUCAUAGUUUCCAUUAUAUGUUCUUCCUGUGAGAUAGGGUUUGGCUUGUUUUGGGUCCUGGAUCUUGUUGCUAGUACCUUCUGUUCUUUGAGUUCAUGCUGGCUUUCUGGCGAAAUUUUGGUUCUGAGAGUGCUUUGUGAGUUGGGAUUUGACCCCUCUUAGUGGAUUUGGUUAUCCCUCCUUGAAUGCUAGCUACAAGGUGAAUCAAGUUGGAAAUUUGAUCAGGUUGGUGUGGUUGGUAUCAAAGUCAGGGUUGAAGUUGAUGCAUGCCCUCAGUGUUAUAAUCUAGGAGAUGUGAUGGUUUUCGGGUUUUAAUUCUUGGGUGAGCAGCCUGAGCUUCUUUUCUUUGCCAACUCUCUGGGCGCCUGCAGGGAAAUAAUGAAUCAUUCUCAGGGAGCUUCAAAGCACACUUGUAGUCUGCUUGUGGUCACUUGUGGGAAAAUUUCUGAAGAUAAACCUAACAAGGACACCCUAGAUGAGAAGCUCAAAUACCCGUUUCCAGAGUUAGUCUCUUCAGGUCGUUUGGAGGUUCAAACUCUGAACAAGCCAAGCAAAGAGGAGUUCUGUAAAAUGCUUGAGUCAUAUAAGCCAAAUCUUGUAUACUUGCAAGGAGAACAGCUUGAGAAUAAUGAAAUUGGGUCUCCUGUCUGGGAAGAUGUUGAUUUGUCGACUGCCGAAGCUAUAUCUGAGAUCUUCGGUGCCACGUUGCCUACAACUGUUUAUUUGGAGGUUCCAAAUGGUGAAAAUUUGGCAGCGGCACUUCACUCUAAGGGAAUUCCUUAUGUGAUAUAUUGGAAACAUGAAUUUUCUUCUUAUGCUGCUUGCCACUUUCGACAUGCAUUGCUUUCAGUGGUACAGAGUUCAUCAACUCAUACAUGGGAUGCUUUCCAACUUGCAUAUGCUUCCUUUAGGCUUUACUGUGUAGAAAACAGCCAUGCCGUUCCUGCUAACAGACACAAAUCUAGUAGUGCUGAGCUGGGGCCAUGCCUUCUUGGUGACCGUUUGAAGAUCAAUGUUGAUCCCCCUGAGGCAGAUGUGGAGGAAGAUGAAGAAGGUUCCAUGGGUACUCUCCCUGCUAUAAAGAUACAUGAUGAUGAUGUGAUCUUGAGGUUUCUUGUUUGUGGGGAGCCUUCCACAUUGGAUGCAAGUUUAUUAGAACCUUUGGAGGAUGGUCUCAAUGCCCUCUUAAACAUUGAAAUGCGUGGGAGCAAGCUUCAUGGCAAGUUUAGUGCUCCUCCACCGCCUCUUCAGGCCGGGACAUUUUCUCGUGGUGUUGUGACUAUGCGAUGUGAUGUAUCAACGUGUAGUUCUGCGCACAUCUCACUUCUUGUGUCAGGCAGUGCACAAACUUGCUUUGAUGAUCAGCUUUUGGAGAAUCAUAUAAAGAAUGAGGUUAUUGAAGAGAUUCAACUAGUACGUGCACUGCCCAACAAUGAGGGAAACAAAGUACCUCUAUCUGAACCACGGAAGUCUGCUUCAAUUGCAUGUGGGGCUACUGUAUUUGAAGUAUGCAUGAAGGUUCCAGCAUGGGCUUCACAGGUUUUGAGGCAGCUCGCACCUGAUGUUUCCUAUCAUAGUUUAGUUGCACUUGGCAUUGCCAGCAUUCAGGGAUUACCUGUUGCUUCUUUUGAAAAAGAAGAUGCUGAGCGCCUUCUUUUCUUCUGUUCAAGUCUGGGGAAAGAUAAUAAAUCGAAUGACUUCAUUCUUGGCAGCCCUCCUACUUGGUUGAGACCACCUCCUCCUAGUAGGAAGAGAUCUCAACCAUGCCAAGAGACAAGCAGGGGUUCUAAUUAUAGCCAGAGGCUUCCAAGUCUAGCUGCUUCUAAAAUAGACGAAGACAACAAAGAAGCUGGAGCCAUGAAUGGGGUCAGCACACCUUUACUUCCACCUAGGCAAAGAUUGAAAAUAGCUGCAAUGAGGCCCAUUCCUCAUGUUCGUCGUCCUAAAAUGACACCCUUUUCUGGAAUGUCUGAGUUAGAUGGGCACGAUGGAGGCCAAUUUAAGGCUAAUCUACCUCCUGCUCCCCCCACAAAGCUCAAUAUUGUUGGAUUAACUCCAACGACACAACGAAAAUCGUACUCAAGCUCUUCACAUUCUAAGCAGAUUAUUUCCUUGAAUCCUCUGCCUUUAAAGAAACACGGUUGCGGAAGAAGCCCAAUACAUUCUUGCUUAGAGGAGGAGUUUUUGAAGGAUGUAAUGCAGUUUCUAAUUCUCCGAGGACAUAGUCGACUCAUUCCUCAAGGUGGACUCGCCGAGUUUCCAGAUGCCAUUCUCAAUGGAAAGCGGCUUGACCUUUACAACUUGUAUAAAGAGGUGGUUACAAGAGGAGGCUUUCAUGUUGGCAACGGCAUCAACUGGAAAGGACAGAUCUUCUCAAAGAUGCGCAAUUACACAAUGACCAAUAGAAUGACUGGUGUUGGAAAUACACUUAAAAGACAUUACGAAACUUACCUCCUAGAAUACGAAUUGGCUCAUGAUGAUGUAGAUGGAGAGUGCUGCUUAUUGUGUCACAGUAGCGCAGCAGGAGAUUGGGUGAACUGUGGAAUAUGUGGUGAGUGGGCCCACUUUGGCUGCGACAGAAGGCAGGGUCUUGGUGCUUUUAAGGAUUAUGCAAAAACAGAUGGACUGGAAUACAUAUGUCCGCAUUGCAGCAUCAGCAAUUUCAAGAAGAAACCACAGAAAAUUGCAAAUGGUUUUUCCCAAGGCUCAACGGUAUCACGGCCACUGUAAUUCAGUUUUGCUCUUAUAACAUCAUAGUUAUAUUCUUUUCCUUCUGGCUCUCUGAUUUUGAGGUUGCUUCCUUCCCAAUCUGGUGCGAGAAAUUGUUAAAUUGUUCGGCUGAUCAAUUGCAUUGAUGGUAAAAUAGGAGACAAAAGAUGGGGGGAGGACAAAGUUAGAAAAAAGUGUAGUAGAGCAUACUAGUUAGUGUAGGCAUUUCAUUUUGGGUGGGAAAUUUCUGUCCUAUUUUUGGCUUUAAUUUCUGUUUUUUGUUGUUUUUUUUUUUCCCUUUGGGGGAGGAGGGGAUUGUGGUUAAUAGUAAAGAAA